GCUGACGUCACGAUCAUGAUGAGAAUUAAUGAUCGGAGGCGCUGAUUUCAUUGUGUGACGCCGGGACCGACCCAGCUGAAACCGGCUGAAUCCGGAGCCCCCCGGACCAACUCCGCCCGCCCCACAGAGCACGAUGAAUCUGCGUUCUGUAUUUACUGUAGAACAACAAAGGAUAUUACAGCGUUAUUAUGAAAAUGGAAUGACAAAUCAAAGUAAAAAUUGCUUUCAGCUCAUAUUACAGUGUGCACAAGAAACUAAGCUGGACUUCAGUGUAGUCAGGACUUGGGUUGGCAAUAAAAGAAGAAAGAUGAGCAGCAAGAAUGUUGCAGAAUCGGGAGGUACACCACCAGGAACUGUUCCUAGCACCCCUCCAGUGCCUCCAGAAGUAGCCGUCAGAAAUGUGGUAAACAUUGCUCGAUCCCAAAGCCAGCAGUCUUCUUGGACCACAUCUAAUAACGAUGUAAUAGUAACCGGUAUAUAUAGUCCAGCUAGUUCAUCCAGCAGACAGGGAUCCACAAAACAGACUAACGUUUCAAUGACUGAGAUACAUAAAAACUCUAUUCAGAGACCACCUGGAAAAAGUGAUACCGAAUUUCAGCAGCAGCAUAUCCCUAUAGUACGGCAAGCACCACAUUGUAAAGGUGCUUCGCUGCUCCUGGGGGAAAAAACUAUUAUUUUGUCAAGACAAACAAGUGUCUUGAAUUCUGCAAACUCCAUAUACAGUCAUACUAAGAAAAAUUAUGGUGGUUCAUCAGUCCAGACUGCAGAGUUGGUGUUACCUCAAAAGCCAAUAAUAUGCCACAGGCCAUGUAAAGCUGAACCCAUGGGAUGUCAGAGGUUACACAAACCAGAACAUACAGCCCUUGUAUCACACAUCCCAUCUGGACAAAGAGCUAAUGUUCGAGACCCUUCUUGUAGCACACACAACUUGGAAAUUCGUGAAGUUUUUUCUUUGGCAGUUACAGAUCAACCUCAAAGAAUUAUGGGAGGAAAUACAACACAGAAGCCUUGUUCCGUUGAAGGCAGUUGCCUGUCCAUUGCAAUGGAAACAGGAGAUGCUGAUGAUGAAUAUGCUAGAGAAGAAGAGCUAGCAUCUAUGGGAGCACAAAUUCAAAGUUAUUCAAGAUUCUGUGAAAAUAGCAGUUCCCUUCGAGUAGAGAACCAAAGCACAGCUUUGUCUGGACCAGGCAGAAAUGCAAGCUGCAGUUCACAUAUGGUGAAUGCCAGGGACUUGGCUGACAAUGUAUUGUAUCAUAACAGAGACUACCGCUUGCCUCCACGGACCUCAUUACAUACACCCUCCAGUACACUGUAUAGUAGUGCUAAUACAUCAAGAAGCAACUUUUCUCCUCAUUUUGCAUCUUCAAAUCAACUGAGGCUGUCACAAAACCAAAACAACUACCAGAUUUCAGGAAACCUUACUGUGCCUUGGAUAACCGGGUGUUCCAGAAAAAGAGCAUUACAAGACCGCACACAGUUUAGUGACCGAGAUUUAGCCACGCUCAAGAAAUACUGGGACAAUGGCAUGACCAGUCUGGGCUCAGUCUGCAGAGAAAAAAUUGAAGCUGUUGCUGCAGAAUUAAAUGUUGAUUGUGAAAUAGUGCGGACUUGGAUUGGUAAUCGAAGACGAAAAUAUCGCUUAAUGGGGAUUGAAGUACCUCCCCCAAGAGGCGGUCCUGCUGAUUUCUGUGACCACCCGGAAUCUGGUGCUAAAUCAGCAGUUACUUCAGGAGAGGAAAUUGCUACCGAAGUGGGAGAUGAUAAUGAUAGGAAUGAUGAAGUAUCAAUCUGCUUAUCUGAAGGAAGUUCACAAGAAGAAACCAGUGAAGUUAUUCAAAAUGAAGAAAUUGGUCACAAAGAAGAGGACCAAAAUACAUUAUCUGCAGAUAAUGUGAAAAUAGAAAUUAUAGAUGAUGAAGAAAGUGAUAUGAUUAGUAAUUCUGAAGUGGAUCAGAUGAGCUCUCUUUUGGAUUAUAAGAAUGAAGAAGUUAGGUUCAUUGAAAAUGAAUUGGAGAAUCACAAACAGAAAUAUUUUGAGCUACAGACAUUCACUAGGAGCUUGAUACUUGCUAUCAAAUCAGAUGAUAAAGAACAGCAGCAGGCACUGCUGUCAGAUUUACCUCCUGAAUUAGAAGAAAUGGAUUUCAAUCAUGCAUCUCCAGAGCCUGAUGAUACCUCAUUCAGCUUGUCAUCUUUAUCAGAGAAAAAUGCCUCAGACAGUUUAUGAUCUUUGGAGAAAAAAAUACAAAAAUACAACAUUUAGACUGCCUAACAGGUGUGCAUUUCAAGAUAAUGGCAUUUUGUUAUUGAAUAUUAUUCAGUCAACAGAAACCCUAAACUAAGCAGACCUUGCUGAAGAAUGAAUGUGAUAUGAUAUGACCACAACUUUCAGUGACAGGAAAUAUGGAACUUUGUUUUUGACCAGUGAGAAAGUUAUAUGGGAAAAGGUUUUAAUUUUUAUCAUCACAUCCUUGAUUAGGGUAAUUUAUAAUUUUCCAAAAAAAUUCUUGCUUUGUAGCAAAAUCUAUCCUGAGCAGGGAACUAAAAAUGGAAAAUAAAUGUGCAGUUAUACAGCCAGGUAGCAUUUCAAUGUUGCUUGUCAUGUAAGACUAGCCAGUCCUGUUUAUUGUGACCAUUGCCUUUUCCCCUGCCCCUUCUUACUCAGGUAGGUGGAUGGAAAAUUGAGAAUCCAGAUUGAAAAAUGAGCUUCCUAUGAGCUGAGUUGUCCUUAGACCUUGAAAAAGUCUGAAUUAAGAGAUUAAAUUAAGGUGCUUCUUGGUACAUAAGUACAAAUUGUUGAGUGUCCCAUUAUCGCAUACAAAUGUCUGAAAAACACUUGAAAGAUGAAAAUGAAUAGUUUUUAAAUAGCUCCUCCAAUAAAGUACUAAUGUAUAGAAGCAGAUCUAAAUGCUGUAAACCAUUAGGCUUUUACUGAAAACUCUUGAUUGCUGGAGAAGUAGUGAUGGGAUGAGAGGAUAAAGUUACAUCAGUAUUUAGAUUUUUUUUCAGUCAUGGUGAUGUUUUUAUUUCACUUCAUUUUAUAAAACCUGAACAGUAAAGGCUCUGUUCAUGAAGAUUCAGGAAUCAGCUAAAUUAAUUUUCUAUAAACUAUAUUCCACUACAUUGCAACAGUGGUGUAAGCCAAGGACAGUUAUCAUUCCAUUCCCUCCUUGCACAAAGCCGUUUUGGACUACAUCUAUACUGCAGCCUUUUGUCGGCAGAGACAAUGCAAAUGAAGCGCUCGUUAGCAUUUGCCGCGCUGU